AUGGACGUAGAUGGCGAGGGCGACGCCGAAGCCGACACUGAUGCCGAGGUAGAUGGGGAAGACGAUGAGGAUGCGGACGCGGAGGCAGAGGCGGAUGAGGCGGCUGGGGAGGCUGGAGAGGGGGAUAUGGACGAUGAAGAGGAGCCGGAGGAGGACGAAGAAGAGGAGGCUGACGAAAGUGAUGCCGAAGCAGAGGAUGCGGAUGGGGACGACGAUGACGAUGACGAAGGGGAUGAAGAGGAGGCCUCGCACGCUGACCUUUCAGCCUCGCCACGACGAUCUAGCGGUUCUCGAACCUCGCCCUUCCCCAAACGCUCUUCAUCACCCACCGUUCCCCCUCUCCCGCCUUACAAAAUUCGCCGAUCCCUCAUCAUCCCCGCCUACCCGUCCUCUGGACCCCCAACUUCCCUCUCCAUCGACGCCAUCGUCGCUAUCCCCAUCCCGUCCCCCAUCCACUGUCUCGCCGCCACAGCAUGUGCAUCCUACCUCCUCACGGGCUCGCAAGAGGGUGUCGUGCGCGCGUACGAUUUCUACGGGUCGGUGAACGGCAGUCAGGCAAUGACGGCGCAGCAGCGCGCGGUGGCGGGCGUAGGGAGGGGCUGGUGGGUGUCGGAUGUGGCUCCGGGGAUGGAUGGGAUGGGGACGGGGACUGGAGUGGGCGAGGCGGCGCAGGGUGGGGAGAGGAGGGCAGAGCCGGUGUAUAGUUUGGCGGUGGAAGGGGAUGGGCUGUGGGCUUUGACGGGUACGCAGUCCGGCCCAAUCAACAUGUACACCCUCCGUCAUUCCCCAGGCCACCUGGUCCAUUCGCUCAGGGGCCAUUCGAGCGUCGUCUCGUGUAUGGCGCUGACGACGGAUGAGAAGCGGCUUCUGAGCGGUUCAUGGGAUGGAUCUAUACGAGAAUGGGAUCUAAACACUGGCCAGACCUCCCGCGCCUACCCGACACAUGGCGCCCAGCUCUCAUCCCUCUCCCUCCGACCCUCCGGCUUCCUCCCUAGUCCAUCGCCUACGCCCCCUCGUUCCGCCCUUCCCCCUGAUGAAGAAGACGAGCCUAUGGCGGACAAACCACAAGUCUCGGUCGUGGUCGGACCGGACUUCUUCAAACCAAAGUCCAAGUCUGGGGGCGGAGGUGGAGGUGCGGAGACGGCAGGGUCUGUCACUGUCCAGGAGGACAAGCCCGCGCCGGCCCCGGCGUCGGCGCUCGGGCAAGAAGGGGAUGUGGAGAUGGGCGAAACCAGCGCAGGGGUAAACCUGAAAUCGACAUCCCGCGCAAGCUCAUACGAUGAUCUGUUCAACGACGAGGAUGCGGAGGGGGAGACGGUACCUCCAUCCGCGGUCCCCACUCAACCCGCUACGCCCCUCCCACAAUCCCUAGCCGCGCCUGCGCCCUCAUCAGCAUCCACAUUCACCGCCAAUGCCGGUGCCAGUGCCAAACCCAAUGCCACUGCCGGUCCAUCCCGUCCGCUCCCGUCUCUCGCCUUACCAGGCGUCCGAUCCCCUGCUCAAUCAACACCCCAAGUCCAGGCAUUGUCGCGCGGGAACGAAGGCGCCGCAGCGACCAUCCCCCUCCUGACUCCGACGACGUACAAGCAGUUCUCGGACGACGUGCUCUUGGCGAGUUUUAUGGAUGGGCAGGUGAUGCUCGUGGAUCGAAGAGUGCCGGAGUCAGGCGGGAGCAGACGCGGGGCAGCAGCGGGGAUGGGUAUGAGGGGCGUAGGGAGGCUGAUGGCGGGUGACAAGGCCCCCCCUUGGUGUAUGUCUGCGUGCUGGUCAGGCAACGGCAACCAGAUCCUCGCGGGCAGACGAAACGGUACGGUCGAUAUAUGGGACGUCCGCCGUUCUUCCUCUUCUACCGCCCCGAACCUCCUGCGCACGCUCAAGACCCCAGCGGAGAGCGGGGCGGUGAGCUGUUUGGUGGCAUUCCCGGAUGGACAGCAUGUUGCUACUGCGUCCCAAGAUAAUAUCAGGUUGUGGAAUACGGUCGAAUACUUUGAACCGGAAGAUUCCGCCAGAAAAGCAAAGUCAAGACCGCCAUUCAAGAUCGUGGCGGGACAUCAUGGGGGUACGGUGUCUGCCAUGCUGGUCGAUCCAACAUCGCGCUUCAUGACUGUCGCGAGUGGAGAUCGGGGAUGGGCGGGGGAGAGCACAAAGGUAGUACUGAUCCACGAGGUCAAGUGGUCUUAG